GGAGUUUCUCCCUCGCUCGAUCACGUUUGGCAGUUGGUGGUGGAGCUGAGAGAUUCUUGUAUCAUGUUUUCCUCGUCUACCGGUCUCCAUCAAGCAAAGGACUCACGACUCAUUGAGAAGCACGUGAUUUAAUCAGAUGGCUGCACACGGUUGCCGGAUCCAACCCCUCUGAAACUAAAGCAGCCUCCCCUCCUGGAUCUGAUGCUUACAGGGCAGCUGAGCCAGCCCCUGGCCUCCCUGCGAGGCUCGGGGGAGCCCCACAGCCCCGACACACAGGACCUGAUGGACAAGCCCUUGCUCCUCUCCUCCUCCCCAGCCCUCCUCGAGGAGCACAGCCCCGGAGCGCUCUACGGGGUCCGGGAGGGUUCGGUCCACUCUGAGGCCAGUAGCAGCCCGUCAGAGCAGAGUCAGCCGGCCCACACCCAUCCGGGAUACCCCCUGGGUCCACAGUCUCUGCUGGUGGCCCAGCAGCUUGCCAACGCAGUGGGAGGGGUGAUGUCUGGGGGGGCUCCAGGGAUGAACCAGCCCAUCCUCAUCCCGUUCUCGGCAGGGGGCCACCUGGGGGGCCAGCAGGGCCUUGUCCUGUCCCUGCCCACCGCCAACAUCCAGAGCCUGGUAGCAGCGGCUGCAGCCGGGGGGAUCAUGACCCUGCCACUCCAGAACCUGCAAGCUACCUCAUCGCUGAACUCCCAGCUCCAGCAUCUCCAACACCUCCAGCAGCUGCAGCACCACCAUCACCAGCAACAACAACAACAACAACAACAACAUCAACAACAACAGCAAAAACAACAGCAACAACAGCAGCAACAGCAGCAGCAGCAUCAUCAGCAGCAUCACCAGACGGUCCUGGGCCACGCCCCCAGCCAGCAUCGCAUGGCGUCGCCCGGUCGACGGCUCUCCUCCACCCCCUCCCCGGGGGGCUCCACGUGCUCCUCCACCUCCGGCCACCAGCCCCUCUCCCCGCCGCACCGGGCCACCCAAUCACCCGCCCGCAGCCUGCCCUCUCCUGUGACUCCGCCCCUGCCGCUGCAGUUGAAUCCUCUGGCCAGCCAGGCAGCGGUUGCCGCGGCAGCAGCCAUGGGCUCCAUUGCCAGUUCCCAGGUGUUCGGCAACGCCUUGUCCAACCUCCAGGGGGCGACGGGGCAGCUGGUCACCAAUGCACAGGGACAGAUCAUUGGAACAAUCCCCCUGAUGCCCAACUCAGCCUCCAGCCAAUCAGGAGGGGGCAACCCGGGGAUGCAAGUUCAGCCAAUCACGCCGCAGCUCCUGACCAACGCUCAGGGACAGAUCAUUGCAACGGUGAUCGGCAACCAGAUCCUCCCCGUCAUCAACACCCAGGGAAUCACUCUGUCCCCCAUCAAACCUGGACAACAGCUCCCCCAGCCACAGGCAGUCCAGGGUGGUCCUGCCUCAUCCCAGGUCGGUCUGCUCCACCCACCCCACAGACAGAGCCCCCUGCAGCACCCGGCCUCCUCCUCGUCCUCCUCUUCCUCUUCCUCCUCUGCCCUCAGCGUGGGACAGCUCGUCAGCAAUCCCCAGAGCGCGCCCAGCGAGGUGGACGGGGUGAACCUGGAGGAGAUCCGGGAGUUCGCCAAGGCCUUCAAGAUCCGCCGUCUGUCGCUGGGCCUCACCCAGACCCAGGUGGGGCAGGCGCUGAGCGCGGCCGAGGGGCCCGCCUACAGCCAGUCUGCCAUCUGCAGACACACCAUCCUGAGAAGCCACUUUUUCCUACCACAGGAAGCCCAGGAGAACACUGUAGCUAAAAGUCUGAACCCUGGCCUUUUGUACCCUGCCAGGUUUGAGAAGUUGGACAUCACCCCUAAAAGCGCCCAGAAGAUAAAGCCAGUUCUGGAGCGUUGGAUGGCUGAGGCAGAAGCCCGCCACCGCUCCGGCAUGCAGAACCUCACCGAGUUUAUCGGCAGUGAGCCGUCCAAAAAACGCAAGCGCAGGACCUCGUUCACGCCGCAGGCCCUGGAGAUCCUCAACAGCCACUUUGAGAAGAACACACACCCCUCCGGCCAGGAGAUGACCGAGAUAGCCGAGAAACUCAACUACGACCGCGAGGUGGUGCGUGUCUGGUUCUGCAACAAGAGGCAGGCCUUGAAGAACACCAUCAAGCGCUUGAAACAACCGGAGCCGGGCCCGGCCGCGCCCAUGGACCCGCUCACUGACUCUAUGGAAGAACUCCCAAAGUAGACCCCCUCGGUGGAAAGGCCCGGGUCUCAGACCAGGGUCUAGAGCCAAGGUCUGUAGCGCAUGGAGGCGGGCGGGGUGCCCUGCGGACCGCCACCCCCCCUCCCCUGCUUGUGUGAAGUGGACCGGAUGGACGGAGUUCUCAAACCAAACUAUGUGUUGUCAAUGUGAUUCCCACACUUGUGUAAAAUGACCUCGGCAAAACCAAAAAAAAAAUAAAGAAAAAAGAAGGCCAGUAUAAAAA